UGGAGCAACCCCAUUACGUUAAAGAUGAAAGGCUGGGGUUGGCUGGCCCUGCUUCUUGGGGCCCUGCUGGGAACUGCCUGGGCUCGGAGGAGCCAGGAUCUACACUGUGGAGCUUGCAGGGCUCUGGUGGAUGAACUCGAGUGGGAGAUUGCCCAGGUGGACCCCAAGAAGACCAUUCAGAUGGGAUCUUUCCGGAUCAAUCCAGACGGCAGCCAGUCGGUGGUGGAGGUGCCUUACGCCCGCUCCGAGGCCCACCUCACAGAGCUGCUUGAGGAAGUGUGUGACCGCAUGAAGGAGUAUGGGGAACAGAUCGAUCCUUCCACCCACCGCAAGAACUACGUGCGCGUGGUGGGCCGCAACGGAGAAUCCAGCGAACUGGACCUGCAGGGCAUCCGCAUCGACUCGGAUAUCAGCGGCACCCUCAAGUUUGCGUGUGAGAGCAUCGUGGAAGAAUAUGAGGAUGAACUCAUUGAAUUCUUUUCCCGAGAGGCUGACAAUGUUAAAGACAAACUUUGUAGUAAGCGAACAGAUCUGUGUGACCAUGCCCUGCACAUAUCUCACGAUGAGCUAUGAACCAUUGGAGCAGCCCAGACUGACUUGAUGGAUCACCCCCAGGAGGGGAAGACGGUGGCAUUGCCUUUUAUAUUAUGUUUUUACCGAAAUGAACUGAAAAAAAAUAUGAAACCAAAA